AUGUGAUUUUCUAAGGAAAGAACACAGAGCAGAGCUGAGAAAAACUGGGAUAAGUCAUGAGAUGUACAGUAGCUCAGAAAAAUGGUUCCCACCAGUUAACAGAGCCGGAGCACGACUCGGUUUCAGUUUCCAGUGUUACGUAAUGCAGAUAGGGAAUGUCUGGAUAUGACUGAAUAGCAGUGUGACUUUUUCAGGUUUUUCAUCCAGCUGUAUGUUUUACGCUGUGUCAUACCUGACCACACACACACACACACACACACACAAACACACCCACACACACACAACCAUUCACAUGCCCCCUCACAUGCUUUAGCUACACUAUAUAAGAAAGGCAGGUCAAUAGAGAAGAUACGACUACCUGACAUCCGAGCUCUGAUUCGUCUGAAUGGACGCUAUGGACGCUGUGCCGUACCUCUUGGCUUUUGGACUUUACAUCCUAUGUUCUCUUUUUCUACUGCUUUACCCUCAGAUUCUCCACAAGAAGAAACAGUUAGCAUUUCAAUGCAGACACAUUUCCCACAGAGGAGGUGCCGGAGAGAAGAUAGAAAACACUAUUGAGGCUUUUACACAUGCAUUGGAAGCAGGAACUGACAUGCUGGAACUGGACUGUCAUCUAACCCAGGAUGGCUGUGUGGUCGUGUCCCAUGACAAGAACCUUGGGAGACAAACUGGAUACAAUAUUGAAAUCUCGUCCCUGAAAUUACAGGAGUUGCCGCCCUAUAAAGAAAAGCUGGAGGUCACAUUCUAUGUCGGGCACUACAGCACAGGCCAGGACCGGAAAUUUGCUCCGCUGGAGGACGUCUUCAUGAAGUUCCCUCAAAUGCCCAUCAACAUCGAGGUCAAGGAAAACAAUGACACGCUCAUAGAAAAGGUCUCCUCUCUAGUGAAGAAGCACAACAGAGAGAGCAUCACCGUCUGGGCCACUGAAGACUCCGACAUCAUGAGAAAGUGCAGGAAACAGUGCCCUGCCAUGCCCUACAGCUUCACCAUGAGACGAGGCCUCCUCCUCUUGGUGCUGUUCUACACCGGCCUUCUGCCCUUCGUGCCUCUGGGAGAGAGUCUGCUACAGUUCUACCUGCCCAGCAUAAUCAACAGAACCUAUAUUCCAGAAGAAACCUUACUGAAGAAAAGAUUUGUGAUCUUUCUUAUGGAAAAACUGACCAUGAGAAAGUCUCUAUUUAACCACUUGGUGAAGCGUGGAAUGCAGGUACAGCUGUUUGUGUGUAACGAGGAGAAAGACAUGGAAGCCGCCUUUUCAGUCGGCGCCACAGGAGUGAUGAGCGACUACCCCACCGUCCUGUCAGAGUACCUUCGAAAGCAUCCCAUCCCUCCCACAAAAUAACACUCUCCUCUAUACUCCAUACCAUCCAUGUUAAACUAUUUCUAAUUUUUUUAAGAAAAAGAUCUUUCAUAUAGUUUCAUAAUUGACAACAAGUCAACUGCAUAGCA